GUAUUGAUCUUAGUAGUAGCAUUCGGUCGAUUUAAUGAAAUCAAUUAAGAAUGGUAGUUUGUAACCGAGCUGUUUGAUCACAACACAAGGAGAGAUGAGAGAGACUCUCCCAUCCCUCACUAGAAUUCCGGUGGAACAUUUGUGAACUCUGCCAUGAGUAUGGAUUAUCUUCCUCCAUGGCACUGGGACACCUACUCCUACAAUGAAUACUGUUGUUGCCAGCAUAGGAGAAACCCACUAAGGAAUUGUGAUAAGAUUUUUCCAAGAAGCCGACAAAAAUCACAACCCAGCAUAUACGAACAUCAACUCUUCAGACCCAGAGCCGAGAGAACUGGAGACGGACAUCAUCUCAGGUAUGCUCACUAUCACAAAUCGCACAACAUCAGGCACGAACGUUUCCCAGACCACAACGUACAGGGUAGGCAGUUCAAAGCACGCCGUUUUCUUCACCAACAGCCGGCACAAGCAAAUCGAAUUGCUCCAAGAGAAGCCUGGCGCACCGUCAGCUACAGGAAGAGGCGCUACAACCACAACCAGCUUAGCGCUACGACUCGACGCAAUCACUUAGGCAAUCAGUCACAGACAACAGCGCAUCGCGGCGGACUACCAGGUAUUUCUAACCGCUACCUUUGUUUAGAUAUUGAGGAUGUACAGCCUGAAUCAGUUUACCCACAACCGAUUGAGAACGAACAACCUCGACCUUACUACACCUCUCAGAAUAGAGCUGGAUUAAAUCGAAAUUGGAGAAGAAAUAGGGAUGCUCAAAACCGACAAAACAAGAAUGAAUUUGACUUCGAAACCCCUGCUGUUGAUGACGGAAACUCUAACCAACGACCGGUGAACUCUACGCCGGCGACUCCAGGGCCCUCAGCAGACACAACCCCGGAACUUGAGGCGGAUAAGCUUGCUGUAGAACCACAUCCAGUGACAUCGAGGCCUCAAGAAACAAACACAGGGUACGAACACAAUUUUGGAAUCUUGACGAGAGCAAACACUCUCACGUGGGCGGACCUCCUGAGACCCAACAAGGAUUGCAACCUCUCUGGCAGUCCAGACAACGGAAAGGAUAGGGCUGUACAAUUAUCAGCCACUAGUUCCAUAAUUAACAAAGAUUUGGAUUUUCUCUCCAAGGAUAAACAAUUAAUUAUAUUCGAGGGGAGCACAUCUUUGGUAACGACGGGAAGCACUUGGACCGAAUCAGAACCUUUGUCUGUGGAUUCAGAUAAGUAUUAUUUUUUUGGAGAGGAAGGGUUUGAUUCAAUUAGAAUUGAUUCUAAACUCUAUAAGUUCGCAGUUCGAAAUGGUGAUUUGGUCAUCUUUGAAAUAAAAAAAUCUGUACUCCACAAGAUUAAUUUCAAUCUUGAUCUCGUCCCCCCAAUCAUCCGAUUUAUCUCCCAAUUCACAAGUAAUGACCACUCAAAAUUUAGGCAGCAAAGGAAAUUCGGCCCGAUCACGGUUUCUUCUGAAUAUAUCAACUCAGAUUGCUGCUUGAAGAUUGCGAAGGAAAAAGGGAGUUCUAUCAUUUUUUCUAUGGGUCCACAAAAAUCCAGCCUAUUAAAAUUUUUGGCUAUUUUUUCUAAUUUUGUUGGAAAGCCUCAGUUGGUGCAGGAAGAACCUAUGCAUUCAGAGUUUGAGACUUCGGCGGAACUGACUUCCAUUUCCAAACUUAUAUUCAACUUUGAAGUCCAAAGAGCCUAUGUCGAGAAGCAAAAAACCGCGUCUACUGAGAAACAACCUCUUAUCUCAUCACUCUUACAGGCUUACUCAGAUGCCUCGGACAGCUUUGACCCAUCAGAUGACUCAUAUUUUUCAGACGAUUUUCUGGGACACGCAACGGAAUCCGACCGUAGACCACCUAUUUCAGAACAAGAACAAAUAAGGGAUUCCACAUUCAACAGAGCAAUUUGCCGUAAAUCACAGCUCAUUACUUCAGAAAACUGCCUUCCAACUGACAAUUUGAACACCCAGCUUAAAAUUUACCGGAAGUCCCAGAAGAACAAAAGGCGGCACAGUAUGAGAACUAGGUCUCAAACCAAGGAAUUUCCAUGGACCUAGAUUUUUUAGUUUUUUUAUUUCCCUUUUUGCACUUCUGUAAUUUUUCCUUUUCUGUGUUUUUUUUAUCUCUCUUUGUACUCCUUCUUUUAUCAAUAAAAUCCCUCUUAAAAAAAAUGGUAGUUUGUAACCCGG